AUGCAGAAAUCGAUUGCGAUUGCGAUUGCAUCGACGGCGAAGAGAUCUCUUCACCGGAGGAAUCUUCUACAAAAAGGUAAACCCGAAACCGCCCCCACUUCUCCUUCGUUUAGCCAUUGCGGUUUCUGCUGUUACUGGGAACGAGCUUUCUCUACCGUGAUUGACUUCAGAGAGAGACUGAGCAGAAAUCGGCUCCGUGACAUAAACCUAGACGACGCAAUCGAUUUGUUCACCGACAUGGUCAAGUCUCGUCCCUUCCCUUCAAUCGUCGAUUUCAACAGAUUGCUGAGCGCCAUUGUCAAAUUGAACAAGUACGAUGUCGUCAUCUCUCUGGGGAAGAAGAUGGAGAUUCUGGGGAUUCGAAAUGAUCUCUACACAUUCAACAUUCUGAUUAACUGUUUCUGUAGCUGCUUUCAAGUCUCUCUCGCUUUAUCUCUUCUCGGCAAAAUGUUGAAGCUUGGUUACGAGCCGGAUAAAGUCACGCUCGGCUCUCUUGUGAACGGAUUCUGUCGCCGGAAUAGGGUUUCUGAAGCGGUCUCUUUGCUUCAUAGGAUGGUGGAAAUUGGAUAUAAGCCUGACAUUGUUGCUUACAACACGAUCAUUGACAGUUUGUGCAAAACCAAACGAGCGAACGAAGCUCUCAGCUUCUUCAAAGGGAUUGAGAGGAGAGGUGUUAGACCGAAUGUUGUUACCUAUACCUCUCUCGUGAAGGGACUUUGUAAUUCCGGGAGAUGGAGCGAUGCAGCGAGAAUGUUGAGUGAGAUGAUGAAGAGGAAGAUCAGUCCUAAUGUGAUUACUUACAGUGCAUUGGUGGAUGCGUUUGUGAAAAAGGGGAAGGUUUUAGAGGCGAAAGAGCUGUUUGAGGAGAUGGUGAGAAUGUGUAUUGAGCCUGAUGUCGUCACUUACAGUUCGUUGAUCAACGGGCUUUGUAUGCAAGAUCGGAUUGAUGAGGCGAGUGAGAUGUUUGAUUUGAUGGUGAGGAAAGGUUGUUUCCCUGAUGUUGUGAGUUACAACACUCUGAUAAACGGAUUUUGUAAGGCGCAGAGAGUGGAAGAUGGUGUGAGACUGUUUAAGGAGAUGUCUCAGAGAGGUUUAGUUUGCAGUACAGUCACUUACAACACUCUGAUACAAGGGUUUUUCCAAGCAGGGGAUGUUGAUAAGGCUCAAGAGUUUUUUAGUCAGAUGGAUUCUCCUGAUAUUUGGACGUAUAACAUUCUGUUAGGUGGUCUCUGUGACAACGGGGAGCUAGAGAGAGCGUUGGUGAUAUUUGAAGAUAUGCAAAAGAAGGAAAUGGGUCUUGAUAUCGUCACGUAUACUACUAUUAUCCAGGGGAUGUGCAAGGCUGGUAUGGUUGAAGAAGCUUGGGGUUUGUUUUGUAGCCUCGGCGUCAAAGGAGUGAAGCCUGACGUUGUGACAUACACUACGAUGAUGUUAGGCUUGUUUAGGAAAGGGCUACAUGGUGAAAUAGAUUCGUUGUAUAUGAAAAUGAAAAGGGACGGGCUUAUGCUGAAUGACGGCACGUUGUGUCUUAGUGAUGGUGACAUAACUGCGUCAGCUGAACUUAUCAAAGAAAUGUUGAGCUGUGGCAAUGCACCGUCUUUACUCAGAGGCAGAGAAUCUAAGGGAUGCAGCAAAGUUGUGUCUAUCUUGUGA